AUGUCCUUAAAAGACGAGCCGCCGUAUAAAACUGAUCAAAUAAUAAACUUCAACGUUGGGGGUCAAAAGUUUGCGACAAGCGUUAACACACUAACGUGGAUACCUGAUACUUUCUUUACGAGUCUAAUAAGCGGACGUAUCCCAUCAGUCAGAGAUGAAUCCGGUGCUAUCUUUAUCGAUAGAGAUCCUGAUCUUUUUAGAGUCAUCUUAAAUUAUUUACGGACGAAACAAAUUGAUUUAAGUUCUUACCCUGUACAUAUUCUGAGGCUUGAAGCCCAAUUUUUCAACUUAUGCCCUCUUGUGAGGCGCUUGCUACUCUGCGAUGAACUUGAGGUUUCUUCUUGUGGCUCCCUACUAUUUCAUGGAUCAAUACCAUUACCCGGUCUACUAUUCUUAGAUUAUAAAUUGGAGGAGGGGUUACCUCAGGGUGAAAGCCGUGGGGGUUUGCGAGAUAACCUUAAUGAUUUUGAGCCAAGUGAAACUAGUCAAGAUAGCUGCAAUUCAAAGAUUACCGAUAGUUCUUUGAGGAAAGGAAGUAUGGACCAAAACCGAUAUGCAAGAGCUGAGAUUGCACAGUUGAGGCAACAGAUGAGAUCAAGCCUAUACGACCCUAUCAGUGUUAGGAUUGUUAGAGCUCAUUACAAUACUGUGGCUGUUGCUCAUUCUUAUUAUGCUUGUGUGUAUAGAAUGAAUAAGAAAUAUACUGGAUGGAAGGCUAUUUUCACCUCCUCACAUAUGGAGUAUGUCAUCAAUCAUCUUGCUUGGAAUACGAAGUUCGGAGCUCAAAGCAAUGAAAAGAUGCUAGCUAUUGCAUUGGCUAAUGGAACCAUUCACUUAUGGUCUAUUAGCGAAGAGGAAAACAGAAAAAAAGGAAGCUUCACUUUGGGUGUUCAAGUUGAUAAGCUUUUCUUCAUCGGCAGCCAAAUGGUGGCUCUCUCAAGGUCUGGUAAAGUCGGUAUUUGGCAAUCGGUAACUCAAAACUGGCAAGUUCAAGAAUUGGUUCCUGUGACAUGUUAUGAUACGGCGGGUUCUUCAUUAUUAUUAGGUUGUUCUAAUGGGUCUAUGUAUCAUAUAGACAUGCAGAAGUUUCCUUUGAGAAUGAAAGACAAUGAUCUUUUGAUUACUGAACUAUAUAAAGAUCCUAAUCGAGAAUCCAUAACGGCGCUAAGUGUAUAUUUAACACCAAAAACAAAUAGUUGUGGUAAUUGGAUAGAAAUUGCCUAUGGAACUUCUUCUGGAGUCGUUCGGAUUAUUGUUCAACACCCAGAGACAGUCGGUCACGGUCCUCAGUUAUUUCAAAGCUACACUGUACACAAUUCUCCAAUUACACAUGUAUCUCUGAGUACGAGUCAUCUCAUUAGUGUUUGUUCUGAUUAUAACCAUGUACGUACGUGGGCUGUUACUCGUUUUAGAGGAAUGAUCAGUACUCAGCCGGGGAACACAAACUUAGCUUCUUUCAAAGUUUUAACUUUGGAUUCAACAGAUGAAUUUGCCGAGAAGGAUUAUACGGAUGUUGGGCCUUAUGGUGACCAAGAAGGUGAACAAGUAUUUGUUCAAAGAGUUGUCCCGGAUUCCAAUCAAGUGUUCAUCCGAUUAGCUUCUACUGGAGAAAGAAUUUGUACCAUAAAAACGGUUGAUGGGUCAGCCAUAACUUCUUUCGUAGUUCAUGAAUGCGAGAGUUCGUCUCGAUUGGGCAGCCGUCCACGAAAGUUUUUAUUCUGCGGAACUAACACAGGAGCAGUGCAGAUUUGGGAUUUGUCGACCGCCAUUGAUCAGAUCAAUAAGCAAGCCUCUGCAUUGCCAUUAAAUUGUCCACCACAAUCACAAACUCAGCUUUAUUCUGAACGAGAACAACCCAUGAAGGCAAAUUUAUCUUCUAGUCGUUAUUUUUCUGCUUCCCAACAAAUUGCCCAUGGUCCUACACCUCAAGAGUUACUUCAAUUGAUCGAUGAAUGCGAUAUAAGUUGUAACAGUAUUAAUAAUACGCCAAGUAGUUCUCACAUGAAUCUAACGGGUUUCGACUUUUCAAAAUAG